UCGGGUCCUAACGGUCAAAUUUUCCAAAGUAUCGCACUCCCUAUUUCUCAGCUUUUCCUCGCAAAUCACAACUUUCGCCCAACACAAUUUAACGAGGCAAACGUAUGUAGCGUCUGCUUUUUGGUUUUCAGGUCUAGUCACCUUAAAAUGUCAGCAUGUCAAGGCGAUGUACUUUUGCGCAUGCAAUCAGCAUUUAGAUCUAUUCUAUAUGAAUUGCAGUUAAUAUGGGAGGAGAUUGGGGAAUCUGAUGAUGAAAGGGAUAAGACGAUAGUUGAACUUGAACAAGAAUGUUUAGAAGUGUUCAGAAGAAAAGUAGAUCGGGCUAACAUGCGUAGAGCUCAGUUGAGGCUGGCAAUUGCUGAUGCUGAAGCAGAGCUUGCUGCUAUCUGCUCUGAAAUAGGAGAGCAACCAGUGCAUAUCAGGCAGUUUGAUCAUAAACCUGAAAGCUUGAAGGCUGAACUCAGAAUGAUCCAACCACUGAUAGAGGAGUUGAGAAAGAGAAAAAAUGCUAGGAAGAAUCAAGUGUCUGAGGUCCUAACUGAGAUGCAGAGCAUAAAGAAUGAAAUUUGUAUCUCAAAUGGGGUUUCCUCUAAUGAACCAAUAACCAUUGAACCUGAUCUUUCGAUAAAGAAGCUUGAGGAAUUGCACAGAGACUUGAGGGCACUUCAAAUGGAAAAGAAAAAGUGUCAGAAGAUGACACAGGACCGCCUGAACUCUUUGCACUCUCUGUGUGUGGUGCUUGGUUUGGAUUUCAAAAAAGUUGCUAAUGAAAUCCAUCCGAGUUUAGGAGAAGCUAAAAGCUCAAAAAAUAUUACUAACAGUACUAUAGAGCAACUGGGGACUGCUAUACAACAACUAAGAGAGCUUAAAUUACAGCGAAUGCAGCAGUUACAAGACCUUACGGCUUCAUUGUUGGAGCUCUGGAACUUAAUGGACACACCAACCGAAGAGCAACAGAUAUUUCAGAAAGUUACUUGUAAGCUCGCUGCUUCAGAAGACGAGAUAACAGAGCCCAACAUGCUUUCUAUUGGCCACAUUAAUUAUGUCGAGGCAGAAGUUUCUCGCUUGGAAGAGUUGAAAGAAAGCAAGAUGAAGGAACUUGUUCUGAAGAAGAGGGAUGAGUUGGAGGCCAUUUGUAGGAAGACUCAUCUUACUCUGGAGAGAGAUAGUGCAAUGGCGAUGGCAAUGGAAAUGCAUGCUACUGAAUCUGGAUCUGUUGAUGCUGCUUGUGUGCUUGAUGCAAUUGAGCUUCAAAUAGCUAGAGCUAAAGAGGAGGCUCUCAGCAGGAAAGAAAUUCUCGAGAAGGUUGAGAAGUGGAUGGCUGCGCGUGAAGAGGAAAGCUGGCUCGAAAAAUAUAAUAGGGACGGUAAUAGGUAUAAUGCUGGGAGAGGUGCUCAUCUUACACUUAAACGUGCUGAAAAGGCUCGUGCUUUGGUCAAUAAGCUUCCAGCAAUGAUGGAUACACUUGCUUCAAAAAUCUUAGCUUGGGAAAAUGAGAGAGGAAUUGACUUCAUUUAUGAUGGCGUCCGUGUGCUUACUAUCAUUGAAAGUUAUAAAGUUCUCAGGAAAGAUAAAGAAAUGCAGCGGAAAAGACAGAGGGACCAAAAGAAACACCAAGGACAGUUAUUAACGGAGCAGGAAGCUGUUUAUGGUUCAAAGCCUAGUCCCAUAAAGAACCCCAAUGUGAAGAAAGCACCUAGAUUAUCAUAUGCUGGGGCAAGUAAUAGAAAAUUAUCUCUUGGUGAACCUAUGCUACAGUCUCAUGUGACCCCAGCAGUGAAAGCUAUACCUAAUAUUCGGACCGCCAAGAAAAAGGAGUGUAUAAAUCAGAAAGCACCUAGAUUAUCAUAUGCUGGGGCAAACAGUAGAAAAGUAUCUCUUGUUGAACCUAUGCUGCAGUCUCAUGUGACCCCUGAAGUGAAAGUUAUCCCUAAUAUUCUAACCACCAAGAAAAAUGAGUGUAUAAAUCAGAAAGCACCUAGAUUAUCAUAUGCUGGGGCAAGUAGUAGAAGAGUAUCUCAUGUUGAACCUAUGCAGCAGUCUCAUGUGACCCCUGCAGUGAAAGUUAUCCCUAAUAUUCGGACCACCAAGAAAAAUGAGUGCGCAGAUCAGAACUGUCGCAAAGAUGAUAGACAUGCAGCUUCCUCAUCGGUUCCGAGAAGAGGUCUGAACCAGGCUGGCGUUACCACAAAACAACAUUCUUCCAACUUAUCAAAUGCUCGUGAAGCAGAGCGACAAUUGAUGCGAAAGCCUUUCUCUCCUCUUUCUUCAGCAAAUCCAUCAAAAACAACUGCAGCAAAUGUCAUGGAAGACUUGAACAGGAAACACGAUGAGUUAUGGCAGAAGCUGCUUACAAUCAAUAGGACCCCUCCCAAUAUUAAGUUGAGAGCUGAGCAAGAGAAUAGAACACCUCAGAAGACACCAACAACUGCACCUUUAACACCCACAGCAAUAUCCAUUCCAAUGCAGACAGCUGUAACACCAGCUUCCAUCAAGACGACAUCCAUUGCUCGAGUUGAAGAGGAGCUUGAGUACUCGUUCGAGGAGAGGAGAGCUCAUUUUGUGCUCCCUAAAUCACCUCUGAUUAAUGUGGCGCGAGUUUGAAAUAUGAACAUUGAUCAUGGCCUUAAGUUAUACUGAGUUAUUUGAUUAUUCAAUGUUGUAAAUACAGGUGAGUUCUACUGUUCUUUUCUUGUGUGCGUAGUGUGUAUACAGUAUAGAGGCUCUCGAAUUUGGAUGUUGUAGCGAGUUUCCAACUCCAACAUUUAUUUAUAAUACUAGUAAUUUUUUUGGAAGGUUGAUUCCAUUUGUUUCA